AUGCAUCUCCUUGGUGGCGGCAGGCCAAUGUACCAGUUCUCCCGUUCAUACUCUACUUCUAAAAUUUCGGCCGGCGUGGAAACACAGUCUUCAACUACGCUCAAAUCACAAGGAUCCGAAGAUACCACCAGCAUUCCCGAUCUCCCAACUGAAUCCCAUGCAAAGCUCCCCCAUCUUACUCCAGGCGAAACAGUCCAUAUGACCUCAAUAGGCCAUAAACCAGAAACCAACCGUAUUGCAACUGCAGUGUGUCGAGUCACAUUCUCCAAUCCAACGCCUAUAUCACUUCUAACCACCGGCGACGGUCUUAUGAAAAAAGGGGACGUGCUGUCUGUUGCACGCAUAGCUGGCAUAAUGGCAGCUAAGAAGGCAGCUGACCUCAUCCCACUGGCCCAUCCUGGCCUAGGAAUAACGGGUAUAGAAGUGGACGUUACCAUAUGCCCGCCACGUCCAGAGGGGGAAGGGAGUAUCCCGGAUGAGCAGAAGAUGCUAAACCAUGGACUUCAUGGUAGCAUUCUCGUUACGUCUAGUGUUAGCUGUCUUGGACGAACAGGGGUAGAAAUGGAAGCUAUGACAUCCGUUUUAGGUGCUGCCCUCACAGUAUAUGAUAUGUGUAAAGCUGUGGACAAGGGGAUGGUGAUAGGUGAAGCUAGAGUCAUUCGAAAACGUGGAGGGAAAAGUGGUGAUUGGGAAGAAGGUAUUCGUGUCAGUAGUUCCAAGCACAGCAGUGGUUAA